GCCGAGAAUCGAGAUAUCAUCGCGCGUUCGGUCGGUUGCUUAGCAAGGUCGUCGUCGUCGUCGUCGUUGCGGAGCCGCGGACGGAGGACACGGACACGGCUGGCUGGCUGGCUAAGGCAGCAUACAAAUACCAGCCAAAAGCAAGCAGCGCACCCCCACAACCCAAAGACUCUUUUGCCUCGUCGUCCAUCACCAGUUCACCACCACCACCAGCACAAAGCGCUCGAUCGUUGUUCCACUCCAUCCUGCCGCGCGCGCGUCCUCCGAUCCGAUCCUCCUGCUGCGCCAUCAUCUCCACCACUUGUUGGCACCAGCGCAGCGCAUCUCUCGCUCCCUCGCUCGUCGUCCUCGUCAACGAUCUCGAUCACCGGUUCCAUGGCCGCCAAACCUGCAGAGACGACACCUGGGAGCAACUCCUCGUCCUCCUCCUCGUCGUCGUCCAUGGCGGACGUGUACAAAGGCGAGCUGACGCCGCUGCAGAGGCACGUCGCCUUCUUCGACCGCAACAAGGACGGCAUCAUCUACCCCUCCGAGACAUACCAAGGGUUCCGCGCGAUCGGAGCCGGCGUCCCGUUGUCUGCUUUCAGCUCCGUCUUCAUCAACGGCCUUCUUGGACCCAAGACCGUACCAGAGAAUGAGAAAGCUCCAGCUUUCAAGCUCCCCAUCUACGUGAAGAACAUCCAAAAGGGAAAGCACGGAAGUGAUUCGGGCGUGUACGAUGCCAAUGGAAGGUUCGUUCCUGAAAAAUUUGAGGAGAUCUUCAAGAAGCAUGCCCACACCAGGCCUGAUGCCCUGACGGGCAAAGAGCUGAAGGAGCUGCUCAAAGCAAACAGGGAGCCUAAUGACUUCAAAGGAUGGCUUGGUGGUUUCACGGAGUGGAAGGUGCUCUACUCCCUAUGCAAAGAUGAGAAAGGUUUUCUUCACAAGGACACUGUCAGGGCUGUCUAUGAUGGCAGCCUGUUUGAAAAGUUGGAACACGAGAGGAAGUCUAAGAAGGAGUCCACUAAGAAGAAAUGAUAAGAGCAUCGUCAUGUUACUCGCUAGUGUCUGGAAGAAUUUGUAAAUCGCGGUGUGCUGUGUGCAUGUGGAUCAGUAGAGUACUAGAGUAAUACCCUAGUUUGAUUCUGUACGCCGGUGGAUUCAUCUUUAUUUAUGGACCGAGUGAUUUCUUAUAAAUAUAUCCAUCUUUCUAUCAUUAUUGUAAUAUGUGUUUUUAGAAUUAAUCUGUGGUAAUCUAGAGACAGAAGGUAGACAAAUGAUUUUUCCAUCUAUCUCCACGACAAAUGAUUGAAUGUACUAUACACAAGCCUAAAUAUAAGUUUAUCUA